GCUGACGGCCGAUGCCUUUUCUGUGGAGAGGAUGGAGGAGAGGGGUUAUUCUUCAGUCGGUUUUCGCAGAGCGACUUGAUAAUCACAAACUACAGCCUCAGCGGAGAAUUUUCAUGGGAACAAAACGUCUUAAAAUGAGCCGUGGAGUGACCGUUGAUCUGCUGCACAAGGCUUGAAUCCACCUAGAAACCCCAUGGAGCAGGAUGUGGAGAGCCCAGCCAUCAUCAGACAGCCCAAGUUGCCAAAGCAGGCCCGUGAGGACCUGCCUAAACAGCUGGCAGAAAUGGACAGGACUAAGAAGAUCCAGCGGUAUGUCCAGAAAGAUGGGAAGUGCAAUGUCCAUCACGGGAAUGUCCGAGAGACGUACCGGUAUCUGACAGACAUUUUCACCACGCUGGUGGACCUCAAAUGGAGGUUCAACCUCUUCAUCUUCGUGUUGGUGUACACAGUAACAUGGCUCUUCUUUGGCUUCAUGUGGUGGCUUAUUGCUUACCUCCGGGGUGAUCUGGACCAUAUAGCAGACAAUCAGUGGACUCCAUGUGUCAAUAACCUGAACGGGUUUGUAUCAGCGUUUCUGUUCUCCAUUGAGACGGAGACCACCAUUGGUUAUGGAUACAGAGUCAUCACGGACAAAUGCCCCGAGGGGAUAGUUCUGCUUUUAGUUCAGUCAGUGCUGGGAUCUAUCGUGAAUGCCUUCAUGGUGGGUUGCAUGUUUGUUAAGAUCUCGCAGCCCAAGAAGCGAGCUGAGACACUAGUGUUUUCCACCAAUGCGGUCAUCUCAAUGAGAGAUGGACGACUGUGCCUGAUGUUCAGAGUCGGAGACCUCCGAAACUCGCACAUAGUUGAGGCUUCGAUCAGGGCCAAGCUUAUCAAGUCUAAGCAGACCAAGGAAGGGGAGUUCAUCCCUUUGAACCAGACGGACAUAAAUGUGGGUUACAACACGGGAGACGACAGGCUCUUCCUAGUGUCCCCACUCAUCAUCUGCCAUGAGAUAAAUCAGAACAGCCCCUUCUGGGAGAUCUCACAAGCCCAUCUGGCCAAGGAGGAGCUGGAAAUUGUUGUGAUUCUGGAGGGGAUGGUGGAGGCCACAGGCAUGACGUGCCAGGCGAGGAGUUCAUAUGUCAGCAGUGAAAUCAAGUGGGGCUACCGCUUCACACCAGUCCUGACACUGGAGGAUGGCUUCUAUGAGGUGGACUACAACAGCUUCCACGACAUCUAUGAAACCAACACACCCGCCUGCAGUGCCAAAGAGCUGGCUGAUAUGACGAGCCGCACCCGCCUGCCCCUAACCUGGUCGCUGGCCAGUAAGCUGAGCCAGCAGGGGCUGCCAGAGUCUGAGCAGGAGGGUCAGGAGACCAAGACCACCCCGGACAACCAGGAGAAGAGCCAGCAGACUGAGAGGAAUGGGGACAUUGCCAACAUAGAGAGCGAGUCCAAAGUGUAGCGAGCGUGAUAGAGGAGGGAAAGACGACAGGUUCAAGGUCCAUAUGUAAUUAUUGGACUGGACUGUAUGCCUUGGGAUGACCACACAAGCUUGCGGAGCACAGGUGAGAAUCUGAGGUACUAAAGGAGGACCAAUGAGCACAGUAGACCAAGUAUCCCCGCACCAAUGACCGCUUUUUCUCAGUGAUUCACAGUUACCCCAAAAACAACAACAUAACAUCUAGACAUGUGGCCCACCGCUGAACUGAAAACCCUUUUGCGGCAAGUGCAUGUUUCAAAUAUAAUGUGAUGUCCUCCUGAUGAGAUUCCUAUUAUUUUUUCUAUUAAAAUAUUCCUAGGGGCAUUUGCAUAAGUAUUUUUGUAUAUACUAUAAAACGUUUUGAAUUCUUUGUUUUGUUGCGGUGUGAAUAUUUGACAGAUGUUUGAUACUAAUUCCUUUAGGUUAGGUCUGUAUAUAUUCUAUGCCUUACUGUAUGUAUAAAGCUUUCAUUAUUUGUUUUUCAGAAAUAUAUAAGCAUGUAUAAACAUUAUCUGCAGUUUAUUUAUCUUGUAUUGUGUAUAUACUGUAUGAUGAUAAUGUUAUAAGAAAAACAUACAUCUCAAUGGAUGCAAACUCUAGUUUAAACCAAUGACAAAUUCUUCCCCAAUGAUAGAUGUUUGUUUAAGGUAGUAUUACAUGUCUAUGAUGCUAUUCCUCAAGAAGCCAUGACUUGCUGUUUACAGCCGAGUGACUUCAGACAAUGGCCCUUUAAAACUGCAUUUAGUCACUUUUGCACAUUGGAGGCCUCUAGUGGAGAACGGUAGUCACUAUUUCAGUCUCCAGAAAUCCCUCACAUCACCUAACAGUAUCAAAAAUAAAUAAACAGUAAAUUGCAUAUUA